GCCCGGCUCGGCCUCCCGCGGGGCGGCGGGCCCCGAGCGCAGAGCGGCGGCGGCGGGGCGCUGCCGGAGCCCGCUCCGCGGGGCCAUGGCCAGCACCGGCUCCGCGCCCGGGGGCGCGGGCCCGGGCUCGGGCACGGCGCUGCCCACCCGCUUCCAGGAGACGGAGAAGCUGCUGUCGGCGACGGAGGGCCGGGAGGAGAAGGGCCUCCGCGGCUCCAAAUCCUUCACGGCAGCCCUGCCCGGCGAGACGGAGCGCAACGGGCACGGGCUCGGCUACAAGUCGGUGUCGGUCGGGCACCUGGAGGCGCCGCCGCUGUCGCCGUCCCGGCUGAGCCUGGGCAGAGCCUCGUCCACGGCCACCAGCACGGCGGCCCCGGAGCAGGGCCGCCCUCGGGACUACCUGGUGCUCGCCAUCUUCUCGUGCUUCUGCCCCGUCUGGCCCAUCAACAUCGUGGCCCUCGUCUUCUCCAUCAUGUCGAGGAACAGCGGGCAGCAAGGGGACACGGACGGCGCCCGGCGGCUGGGACGCAUGGCCAGGCUGCUCAGCAUCGUCUCCAUCGUGCUGGGGACCAUCAUCAUCGUGCUCUACAUUUCACUCAGCAUCAGAGUUUCCUAGAAGACGUUUCAGCAUGCAAAUACCUUGAAGAGGAGGAAGACAACUUUCCUUUUGGGGUUUUUACUUUCAGCCUUGCAACAAAACAAAAAAUUGUCACAGUGUAGGUGGGCAGCCCUAGACAGUCUGCUCUGGAGCGCCGUCGGAAGGAACGCAUGCUUCGAUUCACCGCCUUUGGGAGCGAGCCUGUGCGAGGGAUGGGAUAAAAAUCACCCUGAGCAGCAGUGGGAGAGGCCACACGGAGAGGAGAAGGGGGAAAUCCACUACCUCAUUCCCCUCCAGCAGAACUCACGGAGUGGGGAGACAACUAAAGUGCAAGAGGAGGAGAGAGUCUCCAGAAGGAAGCUGGUUUUGGAAGGAAAAUACAAGGCGAGAGCGGGACGUUUUUGAGGAGUCCUCCUGAGAAUUUUGGCACGAAGUCACUUGAUUUUUGGGGGGUUGUUGGUUUUUAAAUCGUCAAAAUCUCUGUCUCUACGAAAACAAAAACAAAACAAAGCUCAAACUGCCAUCAGGAGCUGAGAGCUGUUCCACGGAGGAGGAGGGAGAGCGGAGCUGCAGCAGGACCACGGCUCUGCUCCGAACGAAGCGCAGCUGCCAAAGCUGGAGGAUGUGGUGGGUGCUUUUGUAUUUUUGAUGAAAAAAAAAAAGAAAAAAAAAAAAAAAGAAAAAAAAUCAAAGAGACAAUGACCAUUUGCAUGCCUUUGGGAAUGUUCUCCAUGUCUGUUCCUACAAGCUCUUUUAUCACUUAGGGCAGAGCUCAGAGCUGGCAGAGGAGGAUGUUGCUGCAUGAGAACCCCAGACUCCUCCUCACCCCCAUCCCAUGGUGGGCUUUUUAAAGGAAGGCAAAAUCAGGCGUUCCCUGUGAACCCACACAUUUCUCUGUGCACCCAAAGGGAGGUUGGCACCCCUGGCACUGAGACGAGAGCCUGCUUGAUGCCCAGCAGCAGCACCAGGGCACAGGGAGCCCCUUCUGGCACUCGCACCCCGAUGUCGCGGCACGUCCGAGGCUUCAGCGUGAUCCAGCCCCCAGCACUGCCAGUGCUCAUCCCCCCGACCCUCUGAGGCUUCAGCUCAGGGCCUCCCAGGAGAUUUUCAGGGCCAUGAAGGAGUUUUAGACUCCUGCUCCUCUCCUUGCACCCCUCACACAGCUCUUCUGCUGCUCUGAAAAUCUCCAGCGUCCCCGGAGCUGCCUGGGGUCAGUUCCUCGAGUCGUUGUAUUGUUUUUUAAUGUUUUGUAUUUAACACAACAAGGAAACAAGACUCUGCUCCUCCCACUCUGUCUGUAGGUACCACGGGCCCUGCCAGGUCUUCCACAGCACACGGCUCCCUCAGCCCAUCCCUGUGGGACCCAAUCCCCACAUGCUCCAUCCAGCCCCAGCCCUUCUCCUCCCUGCUCUCCCCUCACUGCUGUGGGGAAUUCCUGGGGUUGGCCCUCUACCCACCCACCCAGACUAUGCAAAGCUCCAUUGCCUGUUGUUUCAGCCAGGCUUUGUGACUUCUGGCCACGUCCUUUGGCUCCCUGAGCCUCUUUGAUCCAAACUUUGGGGACACACGACCAAGAGCUGCACUGCCCGACCUUUCUGUUGCCUCCAGCUGACAACCUGCGACCUAAAAGCAGGGACUGGCUGGGAAAUGUUGUCCUGCAGGGCACUUCUGCUCCCUAACAGCAAUCUCCUGAAAAACACCCCUAAUUUAGAGCAAAUUCCGUGCUUCCCAGGGCUUGUCUACAUGGAGAAUCCACUAAAAGAAACCUCACAACGUGGUAACUGCUUGGCACUGACUCCUUCCCCGGGCUCUGAGUGGGCACAUGGGUUAGCACAGGGUAGGGGUGAGGUGUAACUCCACGCUGUAGUUACUCUGUAGUAGCUAAUGUGCAAAGCCACGGGCAUCUCUGUCAAAAUUCUCCUGUCACCUUUUGGAUUGCUCCUCUUCCAAGUGGUUUUUUCUUCUCAAUGUUGUUUGAAUCCAGGGGGUGAAGCCAAAUCCCCCAGACACGCUGUCAACGUUUUUCUCUCCUCUAAAAGGGAUGCCAGGGGCUCACAGCAAUAGCACAUCACUACAGCACUUUCUCGGGCUCCAUUCCCAUCCACCCCUUUGCCAGCACUCCAUCACAAACUGCUGGCAUCUAAAAUGGACCAAAUCUGCAACUUUUCUUUUGCAAUUUAUCUUUUGUGAGUUCAGCAAACAGGGGCUGCUGAGCAUUGCUGGGUGGGAGCUCCCUCCUCCAUCCACUACCCAGGAACUGCAUUCUUUCCUCCUGAGCCCUUCAGAAACCCUCCCUUGGAUGUUCAAACUCAUCUUGUGGCUAUUGAAAUCACAUCAAAUCCCCCAAAUGUUUCCUUCUUUAACUCUUGGGCUCAAGAGCUGCUUGCUGGGGGACACGUGGGGGGAUUUUUGGAGCUACAUAAGGGCAGUGCUGCCUGUCCCUGCAUCUCCUGCCCUUUGCCCUUGGGGCUGCUGGAAUUCAGCUGAUGGGAAGAGCCCAGGAAGCUCCUCCUUGAGCAGGAAGGGUCCUUUUUUCAGGGAAAAGUGCUGGAGGGAGUUAUAGGACUUGAGAGCACUGAGCGUUUAUUAAGUAAGGAUUUAAAUGCUCUUUUAUCAUUAUAUAAAGCCUUUCAUCUAAAGUGCUUCUCUGCAUCCAAAGGAUUAAACCCUGCCACCCCCCAUGAGGUGGGUUCACAUUACUGCUCUAAUUGCAGGGAUGGCAAAUGCUCAGGCACUGAGCAGCUCCCAAACCAACCCCCUUUUCUUCCUCCUCCUUAACAGAACCAUCUAUGAGCACAGAUUUCCUUGCAAUCUGGGUUUUUUGGGUUUGUUUUUUUUUUCAGUGGGAUCUAGACAAACUGCCCCACUGUGACUCCAAAUGGGAUUCCUGCAGGCAGGGGAAGGAGGGCUUUGUGGGGAAGCUGCAGUGCUCCUUGCCAGGAGAACUCCCAGGCCAGGCCAGCACAGGGCAGAGGAGGUACCAGGACUCCCCUGGAUGCAGGAGAAGGCAGAAGAUUCCCCAAAAUCCCCAGGGUGAUGAUUUGUUUGUGCCUCCUGUCUCAUUGGACAGCUUGGGUGAUGCUUCUCACCUCACUAUUCAGUAUAACAAAAGAGAAGGACUAAGACACUUGAAUCCUUUCCGUUCUAAAAUCUUCCUGAAGAGAUACAAUUGUACUGCACCCCUGAACACAGCUUUUUUUUUUUUUUUUUUUUUUUUUAUCCUGCAUUUAAAUCCAGAGGAAACCCUCUACAGUUACCCCUGACAAAAUAUUUACUGUGCUUGUAACCUGCUCCUCCAAUGCUGGAGGAAUAAACUCUCCAAGUCCCUUCUCCCUGUCCCCCAUCAACUUCUCCACACAUUUUGCAGCCUGUUCUGCAAAGCUUUUGCCACUCUGCUCUCCCCAUCUCAGCUCAGCUCAGCUCCCUCUUUGGCUCUUUUUGGGUGGAAUUUGCUCAUAUUUGUGCAGGAGGAGGCUGCAGAGCCCCCAGCCCUCACCUGAGCAGGGUCACAGUGAGGUUGAUGAUGGCAGAACUUCACCCUGAGGCCACCAGGCUCAGCCACCCCCAGGGAACUCUCCUCAACUCAGCUUUUAGCACACAGGAGGGCAACCACAAAAGCUGUGCCAUGAGCCCUUUCCUCUCCAGCCCCUCCAAGCAUCCCUGCUCCUUCUUCCAGCUCUUUGCCCCCUGCUGCAGCCUCCUCUGAGCACACACACCAGAAUUCUCCAUGCUUGCAACUAAAACAGGCACAAAAUCCUCAGGCUCUGGCCAACUUCUCCCCCCUGCUGAAGGAAAGGUGAGAGCACGGUGACAAUCCAGCCCUACCUGCCAGGGAAGCUGAGGUGGUGGGAGGAGAGCUCUGAAGGGAUGGAGGAGCUGGGAAAUGCCUCUCAGUGUGAGCUGGAGUGGGAGUUACAAUCGACAGGUCCUGGUGGGAUGGAAACCCAGGGGAAGGAGCCUCCCAGCAGAGCAUGGGGCUGCUGGCACCUCCCUGGCACUGCUGUCCCUGGCCUUCUUUGCCAGGAUUUGGGGCAGAGCCUGGCUCUGUGGGGUGGCACAGAAGGGCUGCUGGCUGCUGGAUUGAAGCUUUAAGCUGAACCAGCAACAAACUUGGCUUGGUUUUGUAGCAGCCCCAGGUGGGAUGCAGUGACCCAGGGUCAGGAAAGGUCUGCCUGAGCCAGUGGUGGGGACAGCAGCACCCUGCAGACACCAAAGGGAUCUGAGCACCAGCAGGGGAAGAAAGCCACUAAAAGACUUCAAAGUCUGCCGUGUUCAGGAUGGGUUUGCCUCUUCUGGCUGGUGUUUCAGCCUGUUCCAGUUUCCUCCUCUGUGCUUUGCUGGUUUUCCCACGCUGUCCCCUCAGCAUCCCACCCCCAGAGCUCCCUGGAGUCCUUCAGCUCUCCCUCCUCCCUCUGUCCCUCCUCUCACCUGGGCAGGUCCUGCUGCAAUGAGAUCUCAUCUCUGGCCCUGCUGGAAGGGGGCACGGAGGGCAGGGAGCUCUGACCCGGCCCCACAUUUCUCCAUGUAGACAAGAGGAGCAGAUCCUGCCUUUUCUAGAAAAUGGAACCUUCAUUUCUGUCCAUUCUGAGCCCAGGGAGAGGCUGCAGAAAGGCACCCACUGGGCUGGCCCCACCCUUGCCCUGUCGCUUCAUUACUCCUCACAGAACCACAGCCAGGGUUGUCCUUUAAGCUGAAAUUAUUCAGAUUUAAGCUCGUUUUCCUUUCAGUAUCCAGCCUUUAAUUUUGGCAAAACCAGUUAGGUUUAGGUUUGGACUGAAAAACUCCCCUGCUUGGGCACAAGCCAAGGGGGUGUGGGGGGGAGAGCAGCCUUUUCAAAGUGGGAAUAUUUGUAAAGCAUUUGCUGACACCAGUAAGUAGCAAAAUCCCAACCUAUAAAUACCCAUCCCAACCUAUAAAUACCCAUUAUGAUAAGAAACAUCAGAAAGGGAACGUGUGCAGGAUUCACCAAGGCAGCCCUGAUACCACCUGGGAGCCCUUAGAAGGUGCCAGGACUUGAUCCUUGGCAUGGAAGUGCAGGGUCCAUCCCCCCACUGGGAGAGCCACAGCUCACACACAGCAUGAACACACCAGGAACUGCAGCUGGGUGCUUCUCUUGGCUGACAAAUGUUUCUUUUUCUGCAGGAUGGUAUGGUAUAUCUUAUAUACUUUCUUUGUAUUUCUUGGCAUGAGAAAAAAAAAAUUAAAAUGUAACAUGCAUGGUCAAAGCUGAA